UUUUAUAAGCGACUCUUAGAAGUCAUUUAAAAUAUAGGAAAUGUGUUGCGGUUUUUAGCAUUACAUUUUAUUUGUAUUAUUCGUGCCCGAAAAGGGUAUCACUUGGGUACAGCACGAAAGUAUGACCGACCACUGUCGUCAUUUUCGUAGCUUUCUACAUAAUAUCAUGAUUAUUCUCCUGAAUUUGUUUUAGUUUCUCCUGCCCUUCACUCACUUACCCCCAUUAUAUGUCUAUCUAACUUUACAGGUUUGGUGCACGCGCGCGAGAGACAAAAAAACAUUAAUUUCAUUAGAUAGAGGCUGAAUGUGAAACAUUUGUAAUUUUUGGUAAAGUAUUAAAGGAAAUCUGGCAGUCAUCGUCUGUGCAAAAAACGGAGAUAGACUAUUUAGGCCUAUGUUCGUGAGGAAAAUGCUUAUUUUAGGCUUAGACUGUAAUACUUUUUUUGUGAGAUCUGGCAACACUGUUUUGUGCGUAUUACCAACGGACCUUCUCUGUCAAGGAGGGGGACGUUUCGGAUUGUCUUAGUAAUGGCGGACACAUGUGGCCAAGUCCUCCUUGGGUCUGGACUGACAGUCCUUUCCCACCCUCUUAUGUACAUCAAGGUUUUAGUUCAGGUUGGACAUGAACCCCUUCCUCCUACUCUAGGCAGGAAUAUGUUUGGUCGACAAGUGUACCAGCUUCCAGGCCUCUUUGCAUAUGCCAAACACAUCAUCAAAAUCGAUGGGAAAUCAGGCCUGUUUAAGGGUCUCGCUCCAAGGCUUUGUGCUGGGACCAUUGGCACCAUUGUCCACAGUAAAGUCUUGCAGAAGUGCCAGGAGGAAAAAAUUGAGAUGGUGAAAAGCGGCCAGGAUGGUUCUCUGCAACAUAUAGUAAAUGAGACCACUAAAGAGAUGAUUGCACGCUCAUGUGCUACAAUUUUCACGCACCCUUUACAUGUGAUCACUCUCAGAUGCAUGGUCCAGUUUAUUGGUAGAGAAGCCAAAUACUGUGGCGUCUUUGAUUCCAUAGUUACCAUCUACAGGGAAGAGGGAAUGCUGGGUUUUUUUGCUGGCCUCAUUCCACGUUUACUGGGUGAUGCUCUUUCCCUGUGGAUCUGCAACAUCCUUGCUCACUUCAUAAACACAUACACUAUAGAUGACUCGACGAGUCAUACAGGAGAGAUCAAGAACUGCUCUCAAGCUGUGACCGGGUUUUUUGCAAGUAUGCUGACGUAUCCAUUUGUAUUGGUGUCCAACCUGAUGGCAGUAAAUAACUGUGGGCUGGCUGGAGGUCUGCCACCUUAUGCUGCCAUUUAUCCCAACUGGCUCCACUGCUGGGGUCACCUGAGCCGAGAGGGCAACAUGAGCAGAGGCAACAGUCUGUUCUUCAGGAAGUUGCCUGUCGGGAAGAUGUAUGCCAUUGAGCAGAAGAGAUUUUUUUGAAUGGGAAGCUAUCAGCAUAGUCUAUAAUUCUGAUAAUAUAAUUGAGAUGACCCACAAAGUUGGACUCCUAAUCCUUCGUAUGCACUUGUUUAAGACGACAAACGUUUUUUGAUAAUCAGUCUGCAUCAGCCUCCAGGAUUAUUACUGUUAAUUUUAUCAGUACCUUUUCACUACAUUGUGAUUUGCAUUGAUUUGAAAACAUGAAGAGCUUUAUUUUAAUACCCAGGGAUUUGUAUACAUAACCAAGUAAAAUAAAUCACAGUAUAAUUCCAGCGACGCACUCAAGGGCGCUCUUGACUCUCUGUGCCCCUUAGAACUGUUUAAUUUUUUUUUUUGCUUGACCAUAAUGCUCGUCAGUAAUUAUAGAUCUGUGUUUGUCUCUACUGGUUCAUGCACUGACUGACUGACAGACAGACAAGAAAUGAUCUGUCCUGUUAAUAACAGACUUGCUUGUGUUUAUGUGAGGGGAAGUUUAUGCAGCACUUUGAGUCAUUGUAUUGUCUACCUGAUGUGUUUAGCAUAACUUGGAUGAGCUUGACUGUCACCUUAGUCAUUUUGACACAUAAGCCUCUGUGACUUCAUAUCAGUGAGUGAGGUUUGGACAGUGUUUGGUGUGGAGGUUGACUUCCACCCACCUCUCCGUCAGAGCUUCAUUCCAGUCAGAAACAGUUAAAAUUUUUAUUUCUAACGACAUUCAAAUGGACCCAAAUAAAUGUGAGAAUGCUA